GCUACGCGCAGAAGACAGAAACCGACACUCAAGCGUUUAAGUAAAAGCCCAGACGCAGCGUCCCCCACUCAAAUUCAGUCUCUGAAUAUCCUCACCCAAGUACGGGAGGGAGAAUGCCGGUUGCUUCUUCUCCUCCUCUGCUUUUUCUUCUUAUCUCAUUUGCUCUCUCUUUGUUGAUCGUUCUGCAUGCCUCGCCCUUAACCGACCUCGCAGGUGUCGAUCCGGACCAUCCAGUUUUGGAUAUUGUUCCUGCCUCUCUUUAUGGACAAAUAUCUGGUGGUUCUAAAGAUGUUUUAUUGUGUAAACGGAUUAAAGUUUCUGGUCACUCAAGGAUGAAACUUGGGAGUUAUGCCAAUUCUUUUCGGAUUACUUUGGCUCCAUCUGCAGUAAUACCGGAGAGACAACAUAGCAAAAUUCAGGUUUGCUUCCACAGGAAUGCUUCGCUUGGGUUAUGCCAGUGUGAGAAAGAUGAAUGGAAAACACUUCAGAUGGGACUUUGGAGUUCUGUCAUGUCACCAUAUGAUGAGAGAUAUGUUGACAUAAAGUUCACUGGUGAAGUAUCUGGUUCUGUCUCUAUUGGCAUUGAAGAAGAUUUUCAACAGUGGCGCCUCCUUUGUCUGGCAGUUGGAUUUGUUUUACUGUUGUUGGCACCAAUUGUCAGCAGUUGGGUUCCGUUUUACUAUAGCAGUUCAAUGGCAAUUGGAGUUUUUCUUGUUGUCAUAAUACUUCUGUUUCAGGUAAAGAAAGGAAGAAAAUUGUCAGAUGCAUGACUAGGCCUACAUAUCCUUUUAUAGGAAUGGGAUGAGGGUGCAGUCUCAGACUGAACCAAAUGGGGUGAUGUAUAUCAUUAUUUUCCAGGGGAAAAUUUGUAGAAGGAAUUGUUGUAUACGCACAGCAGGAAAGGAGAGUAAGGAGAGUAGCAUGCACAAAUUUAACCUAUGAUCUGUUUGUCUUCUUGCCUCUGACUACAUGUGUUUUUGCAAGUACGGAAGAGUUUAUCACCUCUGAGUCCUUGGAAUAAUGUUUCUUUUGGAGUGCUCUGAUGGACAAUUCCUGUAAAGCUUCCUUCUAUUAUCUAUAUUGGAUUCUUUAAAUUUUGUUGUAACUUUAUAAGAACUUUGGUUGUCAGGGAAAACUAGUUGCUCAUUUUCAGUUAGAGGUUGGGUGUGUUUCUUCAACUAAGUUACAAUCUGCUUUUUUGGAAUUAAUAUGAAUUGUUUUUCCAUGGAAUCUUGAAAAUAAUCAUAUGGAAUUGUACGGAUGCUUAUUCCUGUUUUGGACAAAGUUGAAAAGUUUCCG